AUAGGUUUGCUGAUCUCAUGCAUAUAACAUAACACCUCCCUGCCUGCAGCGUCCCCUUCUCCGAACUCUUUCAAGGUCUUCCAUGGUCUUCACUGCCCACCCUGUCCUCUGUGGAUGGUCUCCUACAUCCGUGGAGGAUGACCAUGAUGUUCAUCUUCCCGACCAAGUGUAUCCCCUGCCCAAACAUUUUUUAGCAUCCACCUCCUGUAUCACUCACCAACCAAUGGCUCCUUCCUCUGAUCGACGUGCGCAGCGUAAUAGGAGCAGGGAUCCUAGUUGGAUCCCUCGGCCUAGAAACGCCUUCAUCAUUUUUCGCUGUGAGUACUCGCGCAAGCACAGUCAAGCGGCUCAAGAGGGCGACGAGGAAUCGGAUGUACCGAAUCCUACGGCCAAAACCCUCUCCAAGCGAGCGGCUGAGGCGUGGAAGCAGCUGUCUGCUUCUGAAAAGGACAGCUAUAAGGUACUUGCAGAUAAGGAAAGGGAGGAGCACGCACGUCUCUACCCCCACUAUCGUUUUCGUCCUAUGAGGCGGCAGAUCUCCGGGCUGAAGAAGCGUCAAUACGAUCUGGGCAUGAGUAGCAGCAGUUUUCCGCUGGAUUCUUCAGACGAGCAAGUGGCUACUUAUGUCACAGAUGCGGAUGAAGACUUGCAAGAGGACAGAGGGGCUCCACAUCAGCAGGUCAUUGAGAAGGAAGGAAGCCUUGAGGCAUCCGGACACUCCGCGCCGAAUGGCGCUCCUGAGAACUGCGCCGCAGCUCAACGAAGAUCGUCGUCUGUUCCGCUGCCCGACGCGUUCCCCACACCCAUCCUCCCCUCUCAUGCUCCGAAGGACGAUUUAUGCAGGCCUCGCUCGGCUGAAGGACGAGAGUGGCCACUGCGUCCUCUAGAUUAUGUGUCACAGGCCGCACAUUCUCGGUUUGGCAAGGAAUUUGAGGCACAGCCUCAGCAAUGGCAUGCUGCAUCAAACGACACAUCUCCCUUCAUAUCCUUCGGUUUCAGUACAUCAACUGGGGAGGACAACAGCUCGAUAGGUAACCCGCCCGAGUCGCGCUUGCCACUUGAGCUUGGCUACCAAUCUCCAGAGAGCCGGAGCGGACUCGCCUAUACUCCUUCUUCCUUCGCAGCCAUCGCCUCAUCCAUUUCUAGCUGGAACAACGAGCCCCUUUCUCCCUGUAUGCCUGGGCAAGCAUCGUUGUCUAGUGAUGAGCUGUUAACGCCUUAUGAAGAUAUGGAGCGCGCACAGGCUCUAGAAGCUUAUGCCCUUGGCUUACACAAUUUCGACUUCUUUACCAACCCCCUUCCCCUUCCCGAAUACCCAGAUGUUCCCGGUAUUCCCUGCGAUAUCGAAUACUCGGCACUCUUUCCAGAGCAAGCCACAGAAUCUUAGAAUUCUGACACGCAACCAGUCCACAAAACCUGAUGAGUCGCGGGGAUGGUCUCCGUCACCGCUAUGUUGACCCUGUAGCCCUAUUCCCACUUGUUUCCAUAGCCCGGCGGCAUGUUUUUGUGUCGCUUCUUCUUUUUGGCUUGUCGAUACUAACAUUCAGCCCCUCACUCCGUUUCAGUAUCAUUAAUUGUAUGCUCACCCCUCCACCAUGCAUAUUCACAUUUCUCUCGGUUCGCAUUAAUUCAUGUGCAUAGUAUUGCUAGGGAUGGAUUCGGGUUACCUGGCUGUAGGAUAUAUAAUGCUAGCAAACUAGAAAGUCGAAACUCAGAAUCCCUGUAAAUUAGCAUGUCAACUCAAGCUUUACGGCAAACGGCGGCUGACAUUGACAAC